GCGACUUCGACCCGAACCUGCAUCUCUACCUGCCUCUGCGAUAUCGACGUCUCUGAAGCGCCACCCGCACCAUGGUAAAGCUCGACAAGAAAGCAAUGGCUGUGCUGCGGAAGGUGCUCGAGCAGCACAAGGACUCGGAUGCGGAGACUUUGGGCCCGGAGGGGCACGUCUUAUACAAUGCAAUGGCGGACACUGUAUCGAAUGGCGGAGAUCUCGGCGCUCUCGCAAUUGAUCCCUUCUUCCUUCCGUCCUCCUCCUGGUAUAAGACUCAUCCUACCGUGCGCGCGGGGCUCAGUGCUCUCGUGAGCCUCGAGGCAAUCCUGACAUGGGCCGAAACGUCCAAGUCGUCCCAAGCCACGAACUUGGUGAUAGGUUCCCUGCGCGACGGGUGGUUCGACAUCAUAAACUGGCUAGAAUUCGCGCUCCCGGCGAGAGGCCCUCUUCCUCUCAAUCGCGCCUACUUUCGCGUCUGCAUAAACCUCCUGCGCCAUUUCUUCCGCUUGAAGAAGCACCUGGCGGACCUGCUCGAGCGGAGCAGGCAGGUGCAUGCGUGGGCUAUGACGCUAUGGUGUUGCCUGUGGCUGAAGGUCGACGACGAGGAGAUGAUCUGGGACUACGGUCACUGGAUGACGCAGGUGAACGACGCCAUCUCGCUGAUGGCCAAACCCGUCGCCCAAAAGGGCAACAAAGACGACUACGACCACGAUGCCAUCUGGGAGGCCCUCGCCGCGGUCGGACACAGGUCUAACCGCGUGCAUCGGUUCAUCAUACUCGGUAUCAGGCAGCUCAUCGACUUUACCGUGAAUAGAGUGUCGAGCGAGGCGCGGGACUUCUUCAUGCGGCAGACGCUCAGCGUGAUCCAGAAGCAGCUAUGUGAGCUGGAGCGCUUCUUCGUAGCGAUGGAGGUCACCAAGGUGCGCGAGCGCGACGUAGAGGCACUCGUCGACGUCGUCCGGAAGUUGCAUGACAUGCCGGGCGGUAACGACGUCGCUUGCUACGCUCUGGACCUGCUUGUGUCCUUCUGGGACUGGGAGCGCCGAUCUAUCGCCUGGUCCCUCAAGGCUGGCGUGUUUCCUCUGGUCGCGUCUCUGUGGCGACCCGAGGCGAACAUAUCGUGCGGUGUGAGGGGCAAGCUCAUCAAGCUCCUUUUCCUGCUCGGUUCUUGGACUGCAUAUUUCCCUGUCGCGGUGGCAUUCCAGAGGUACCGUGCGGGAGAGUCCUUGGAGACCGCGGGCGUUCUGCAGGACCCAUACGUGACGAUAAUGCCCCAGUGGUACCAGGCUCACGCGGAGUUGAUGAAGCGAUGCGAGUUAGUCGAGGAGAUGUUCAGACCAAAGUGCUUCAACUGGCGCUGUCCGGCGAAGGGGCAGCUCGAGGGCGUGCGGGUCAAGUCAUGCAAAUGCUACGACGCAUUCUACUGCUCGGAAGCGUGCCAGAAGCAGCAUUGGCCUAUGCAUAGGUGCUUCUGCCCCCUCAUCGACAGAUCAGACCGAGAAAACUUCCGAAGGAUAGAGCCUGUCAUACGGACCGACAGAGGCUUUCUGAACUCCAAGGACGCCCACUUCAUCAGGCUCCUUACAAAGAACUUCAUCAAGGAGAACGGCCAAAGGCUCCUCGAUACCAUUCAUAAACUCCGCCUCGAGAAUCUCUCCGCCGAUGGGCCCGCCUACGUCGUCGCACUCUGCGUCCGCUUCGACGGGCAAGUGACCACCUUCCAGAUACAACUCUACCCGGGAGUGGAAAUGGACAGCGUUGACCCAGAGCGGAGCGAAGAGGAGAACGUACGCAUCCAUGUGACAGCGCAGGUGGCCCAACCGCGGCGCCGCAAGCGGCCUCUGCCUCUCGUCGAGGUGAUGGUGCUGACGAUGUGGGAGCUGCGGGAUCGAGCAGAGCACUUCAAGACAUGUAAAGACCACGCAGCGUGCGUGGCGCGCGUGCAGGGUAGGCCUCCGAGGUGCGAGAAGCUGGAAACGCUGGGCGGGCGGUGUGAUCAGUGCCCUGAGGUAUACGGGCCUGACGAGGAUCCAUGGGGAGCUCCGGGGCCGCUGGAGUGUAUGCGCGCGACGUACUGAGAUCGGGUUUUGGAAGAUGUUUGUGAAUCCUGUAAAGAUUGAUCUCACCCUCAGGCGCCUCUCCAUCGCGCGUGGAUUGUAUGCAGAUGUGUGCAGCGUCAUAUAGAGCAUCAAUCGGGGCUUCAGUACAUCACUUAUACAGCUCCUUCAUAGUGGUAGGAAACUCUAGAUCAUCCACAAGUCGUUCCUCCUCCGCUGACUUAUCGUCGGGGUCAAUUUCAAUGAAGCCUCAACAAAAGCUAGGAAAACUUACAGUCUAUGUUGAGUAUGCCCUGGCAAAUUCGAUGAACGUUGGAUAGAUGUACAUAACAUCAUCCC